AUGUCCGUUCAACACCCCCUUGAGCGUGAUUCAGAUCAUUUCCAUCAUCGGUGGGGGAUGGCUAGCCACCAGAUCCAGCGCAAGGGUCUGGUCAUCUUGGUAUUUGCGCUUAUCGCGGCCGUCGGGACCUUGCUCAUGAUUGCCGUCCCGAGGGAACAGAACGGGGUGCUGUUGUUCAGAUACUACCUGGUUUCGUCUCUUCCUACUACCAAGAUUACAGAGCUGAGAAGAAUGAUGAGCCUAUAUCUGGUGUAUCUGGACACGAAACAUGCAACGAGAAGGCAUGAACUGGGCAAGUCCGCUCACAUUGUUGACGAGUCGAUGCUCAGCAGGAAGCAUCUGGAGGGUAAGGCCCUGGAACUAAAGGACAUCACUCCAGCUCCACAGGCUCAGACGGAGGAUAAUGGAUUCUCUCACGCCGCGGAUCUGAAUAAUGAGGACUCAUGUAUGUGUAUUAGUCUCUUGUCUCUCGCCUGGAGUGCUCUGUGGCCGGACAGCAUGUCGAAACUCGAGCCGCUUAUGCUACCAGAUCAAAUCCUUGAGAUCUCUCAAACGAGUAUCAUCCAUCUGUGUCUAUCGCAGAGGGCUGUGCGGCCGAUGUACAGAGGUCAUGGGUAG